GUGGACCUCGGCCGCUGCGGGCCCUGGCGGGCGGCGGCCAUGGGCUCGGCGGCCGUGGAGAGCUUCGUGAGCAGGCAGCUGGACCUGCUGGAGCUCGAGAGGGACGCGGAGGUGGAGGAGCGCAGGUCCUGGCAGGAAAACAUCUCUCUGAAAGAACUCCAGAGCCGAGGCGUCUGUCUGCUGAAGCUGCAGGUGUCCAGCCAGCGGACUGGGCUGUACGGACGGCUCUUGGUCACCUUUGAGCCCAGGAGAUGUGCGUCUUCGGCUGUGCUGCCCAGUAACAGCUUCACCUCCGGCGAUAUAGUGGGUCUGUAUGAUGCUGCUAACGAAGGCAGCCAGCUGGCCACCGGGAUCCUGACCCGGAUCACCCAGAAGUCGGUCUCGGUGGCCUUUGACGAGUCCCAUGACUUCCAGUUGAGCUUGGACCGAGAGAAUUCCUACAGACUCUUAAAACUUGCUAACGACGUCACAUAUAAACGACUGAAGAAAGCUCUGAUUACCCUCAAGAAGUACCAUUCUGGCCCAGCAUCCUCGCUCAUAGAGGUCCUCUUCAGCGAGUCAGCCCCCAGUCCUGCCAGUGAAAUACACUCGCUGACGUUCUGUAACGCCUCCCUGGACGCCUCCCAGAGGGAAGCGGUCAAGUUUGCGCUGUCCCAGAAAGAACUGGCCAUCAUCCACGGGCCUCCUGGCACUGGGAAGACCACCACUGUGGUCGAGAUCAUUCUUCAAAUUGUGAAGCAGGGCUUGAAGGUGCUGUGCUGUGCGCCCUCUAACAUCGCCGUGGACAAUCUGGUGGAGCGUCUGGCUCAGUGCAAGCAACGGAUCCUGCGCCUCGGGCACCCCGCCCGGCUUCUGGGGUCCAUUCAGGAGCAUUCCCUGGAUGCGGUGUUAGCUCGGAGUGACAACGCCCAGAUCGUUGCCGAUAUCAGGAAGGACAUCGAUCAGGUCUUUGUAAAAAACAAAAAGACCCAGGAUAAGCGAGAGAAAAGUAAUUUUCGAAAUGAAAUCAAGCUGUUAAGGAAAGAACUGAAGGAGCGAGAGGAAGCGGCUAUGCUGGAGAGCCUCACGUUGGCAGACGUGGUCCUCGCAACAAAUACAGGUGCUUCUUCCGACGGCCCUCUGAAGUUGCUGCCCGACAGCUACUUUGAUGUGGUGGUCAUCGAUGAGUGUGCCCAGGCCCUCGAAGCCAGCUGCUGGAUCCCCCUGCUGAAGGCCAGAAAGUGCGUCCUGGCCGGAGAUCACAAACAGCUGCCGCCCACCACCGUCUCUCACAAGGCCGCGCAGGCCGGGCUGGCGCUCAGCCUGAUGGAGCGCCUGGACGAGGAGUACGGCGCCAGGGCGGUGUGUACGCUGACCGUGCAGUACCGCAUGCACCAGGCCAUCAUGCAGUGGGCCUCGGAGGCCCUGUACCGCGGGCAGCUCACGGCGCACCCUUCCGUGGCUGGGCACCUGCUGCGGGAUCUCCCGGGCGUGGCUGCCACAGAGGAGACGGGCAUUCCCCUGCUGCUGGUGGACACGGCCGGCUGCGGGCUCUUUGAGCUGGAAGAGGAGGAUGACCAGUCUAAAGGGAACCCUGGUGAAGUGCGCCUCGUCACUCUGCACAUCCAGGCUCUGGUGGAUGCUGGCGUCCAAGCACGUGACAUUGCUGUCAUCACGCCGUACAACCUCCAGGUGGACCUGCUCAGACAGAGCCUCGCUCACAGGCACCCCGAGCUGGAGAUUAAGUCCGUCGAUGGCUUCCAAGGCCGGGAGAAGGAAGCCGUGAUAUUGUCCUUCGUCAGAUCCAAUAGGAAGGGUGAAGUUGGUUUCCUUGCCGAGGACCGGCGCAUCAACGUCGCCGUCACCCGCGCUCGGCGCCACGUGGCGGUCGUCUGCGAUUCUCGCACGGUCAACAACCAUACCUUCUUGAAGACCCUGGUGGAUUACUUCACGCAGCACGGGGAAGUGCGCACGGCCUUUGAGUAUCUGGAUGACAUCGUCCCUGAAAACUAUUCCCACGAGAGCUCCCAGGGCCCCGGCCACUCUGGUGCAAAGCCCCAGGGCUCUGCCGCCCCUGCUGGGAAGGCUCCCGGAAGCAGGCAGCAGGAGGGAGCCCGGGGGGCCAGGGCAGCUGCGAAGCUGGAUGGGAAGAAGCCGGGUGGGAAGCCUUUGGGCCAGCCCAGCCUCAACAGAGGCAGCCCCGAGGGAGCGGGGAGCAGAGACAGCGCAGACCACUUCAGGGCCGUGAUCGCCGAGUUUGUGGCGAGUGAGAAAAUACAGCUGGAGUUUCCUGCUUCCCUGAACUCACACGACAGGAUGCGGGUCCACCAGAUAGCCGAGGAGCAUGGGCUGAGGCAUGACAGCGCCGGGGAGGGAAAGCAGAGGUUCAUAACCGUGAGCAAGAGGGUCCCGCCGGCCCCACCGCCUCCACCAGGGGCCGGCAGCAAAGUGCCUCUUGGUCCCGCACAGAUGGAGCCCCCAGUCCAGAAGCAAAGUGGCCAGGAGCAGCUGGAUCUGAAGGCGCUGCACCUGGAGAGACUGCAGAGGGAGAGGAGCAGGCAGGAGCGGCAGGCCAAGGAGGGGCAGCAGGCCACGGGCUCAGGGCUGCGGAAGUUACCAGAAAAGAAGAAGAAGAAAGAUGCAAAAGGACACGCGGCCGUAGAUCUGCCCACCGAGGAAGACUUUGAUGCCCUGGUCUCGGCUGCCAUUAAGGCUGAUAACACCUGUGGGCUUGCUAAGUGCACAGCCAGCGUGGUGACCCUAGGCCAGCUCUGCCUGCACUGCGGCCGCCGGUACUGCCUCAGCCACCACCUGCCCGAGAUCCAUGGCUGCGGGGAGCGGGCUCGAGCCCACGCCCGGCAGAGAAUCAGCCGGGAAGGAGUCCUCUACGCCGGCGGCGGGACCAAGGCCGGGGCCCUGGACCCAGCCAAGAGGGCCCAGCUGCAGAGGAGGCUGGAUAAGAAGCUGGACGAGCUGACCAGCCAGAGGAAGAGCAAGAGGCAGGAGAGGGAAAAGUGACGGUCAGGUCCUCCCAGCACGCGGAUGCCAGAGCUCCUGUCUGUGAGGAGGUGGCUGAGGGGCGAGGAGGACUGCGCCCCGGCGCUCUCCGUUCCUUGUGGCUGCACCUGGGCCCGGUGCACAGCCCCACCAGGGCCGUGCGGGGUGACACGCCUGUGGGAAGAGGGGGCUCUCUAACGUGACAGAUGGUGAGGGGGUGCCCGGGCACACCAUCCAUACCAGUUGGCCCUUCCUCAGGACGUGGUGUAGGCAGGCUCCGGCAUGCCGCGUCCCCUCCCUCACUCCCGCCCUGGACCUUUUCCCAGUCUCUUCCUUCCCUCCCCGUCAAAACCGAAAUCCACCCUCUGAAUCUCGGGGAGCUGCCGUGAGGGUCAGGAAGGGUCUGUUCCCUUGAAGAUGCGUCCAGGCCUGAGCUCCGUAGAAGUAACAGCCCACUGUCCAGGGCUGGCCAGCUCUCCGCCCAUGAGGAUGAGACAGGGCGCUUGAGAGCUCGGUGAACGCGCACUGAGACGGCGUCUGAACGCCAGCCAUUUAUUUCUCCCUAUGGCCCCAUGCGGCCAGCUCGCCCCUUGUUGGAGCUGUGACUUCACUGAGGCCACCUUCUGUCUGUCUUCUGCUCCCUGGUGGCUGCAGUGACCCCAUCCUGCCCCUACAGGGCAGCAGAUGCAGCCCUGGCCCUUCCUUGCUCCCGUGUGGUCUGGAUGGUGGCCCUCAGCGUGGUUCACAGGCUCCCUGGCCUGUAUGAGCCCUCCCUGCGCUGUGCCUGGGGACGGUCUCGGGAAAGAGCCGUCCAGAGUCCCGGCGUUGCUAACCUUACGUCUGGAGCCCUCUCAGGGGUGGUCUCCAGCGUUCUCCACAGACUCGUAUUUAAGAGAAUCUCGGGUGGAUGUGUCAUUUCAGCCUCAGAGUUUUAUCUGUUUCAAAGGGAGAUAAAUUAUUUAAAAAUUAAAUAAAAAUGUAUGCACACUGCCCACA